AUGAACCUCUUUAAGCGAGCCCCAUCAGCACAGCUGGGAGAAAAUCUUCCUCAUUUGGAUGUUCAUGCAUCUCCUGCAAAUAGCCCAUUGUCCAUGGAGCAACAGCCUUUACUCAAUCCAUCAUUGCAACCUCAUUCUCCACAUAGUCCUGCUGCUGCUUCUAUUAUGCUGCAGACUGCUGAAAACAUUCUCCCUCGACCGUCUGCAUUCACUUUUCCUCAUACCGAGGUUUUAAGUAUGCGAGGGUCGGUGAUCCCAAGUAUUUCUCCCCUGUGUAUUGCUUUGACCUUGUGGGCAGCAUUGUGUUCGUAUGUGUAUAUUGUCAUGGGUAUCAGGGAGAUUUCUAUUCCAAACCAGUUGAUUGGAAUCUUAUCGGUUGUUAUGGGUCUGCUUCUAGUGUUUCGUACCAACACUGCCUAUGAUAGGCAAGUUGAUGGAUUUAGUUUUAGCCUUGCUCAAUGGUUCUGGGAAGGUCGCAGGAUGUGGGGCAAUAUGAUCACUCAUCUUCGUAAUCUGAGUCGUCUUAUUACAAUUAGUGUGCACGGACCAGACACGCCAUGUACACGGCUCAAGAAACAUGCUGCUACAAAUCUACUGUUGGCUUUUGCAGUGGCCACAAAGCAUCAUCUGCGGGAUGAGCAUGGAGUGUACUACGAAGACCUGCAUCAUUUGCUUGUGCAUAUUCCAGAGUAUGCUCCAGGUGCAGCACAUCCAACUGUUGUUAAUCUUCCAUUGGAGAUAUCUCGUCAGAUUUCAUUGUUUGUGCAGUUUUCCAAAACAUCCGAUUGGACAGAUGUGCCUACUGCGAAUGCUAUGCAAGCCGCCAUAGCAGGUCUGCUGGAUUGUUUAGGAAACUUGGAGCGUAUUGGAAAUUCUCCCAUUCCUAUGGCGUAUCUGAUUCAUCUCAAGCAAACACUGUUUCUGUAUCUUUUAUCUUUACCAUUUCAGCUUGUCAGCACAAUGGGAUGGUCAACUGUGGUAGCAGUAGCGGCAGCGUCGUUUACUCUGUUGGGAAUUGAAGCUAUUGGUGGAGAAAUUGAAAAUCCAUUUGGAUAUGACAAUAACGAUCUCAAGCUUGACAAGUUUUGUGUGGAAAUCAAGCGGGAGCUAAGAGAGAUGAUUAUUCGUGCUCCAGCUGCCCACAAUCAGGAUAUUCCGAAUUGGACACGACCAGUGGAUCUCGAGGAUAGGAGAUCGUUUGUAGCUUCGGAUUGA